AAAAAGUAAAAUGUCAUUUGUCAAUCUAAGUUCUGUCAAGUUUGGUAGGUAAAUCACUAUUAUAAUUCUCUUUGUAAAUCACUAUUUCAUUCUACUACCAUUUAUUUGGUAAAAAUAAGAUUUUGUAAAUAAUCUUUUUUUUAAACAAUACAACAAGGUCUCAGAGAAGUCUAUAUGAACAUCACCCGAGAAAGACAAUAAAUUUUCGCGAAAUCUACCUUAUAAAUUUUAUUUAAAAAUGGAUGGAAAAGAAGUUGUGGAACAUUUAGUCGCUUUAAAAGUAAUGAGACUAACUAAACCGGCGUUAAUAAGUCCGAAAAUUGUGACGUGUGACUCUAAAGAUUUACCAGGAAAUAUAUUAAACAAUUAUCUUAAAGAUGAUGCUACAGCCGUAACACAAAUGGAAACUCUUGCAGCUGGGCAGUUCUUACUGCUGCCCCAAAGUUUUGGCAAUAUUUAUUUGGGAGAAACGUUUUCUUGCUAUGUAUGUGUGCAUAACGAAACUAACCACCCAGUUCAAAGUGUUUCCAUAAAAGCAGAUCUCCAAACUAACUCUCAGAGAAUUGUCUUAUCCACUCAACAAAACAUGUCGCCUACUAUGCUGGAUGUUGAUGAAACACUGAGUGACGUCAUUCAUCAUGAAGUAAAAGACCUGGGAACACACAUCUUAGUGUGUGAAGUGACAUACAUGUCUAAUUACAACACCCUAGCUUCAUUCAGAAAAUUCUUCAAAUUUGAAGUAAUGAAACCCUUAGAUGUUAAAACUAAAUUUUACAAUGCUGAGUCAGAUGACGUGUAUUUAGAGGCACAAGUGCAAAACAUUACAUCUGGACCAAUCAUACUGGAGCAAGUAUCAUUAGAGAGCUCACAGCAAUUCACUGUAAACUCUUUAAAUGAAGUCAACGAUGUGUCUGUGUUUGGAGAUGUUGCCUUACUUCAGCCCCAGGAAAGCUGUCAAUACUUGUACUGUUUGACUCCAAAAGAAAACAUUUCAAAAGAACUUAAACUACUUGCUGCUGCAAAAAAUAUUGGCAAACUUGAUAUUGUCUGGAGAUCUAACUUGGGUGAGAAAGGCAGAUUGCAGACUAGCCAGUUGCAAAGAAUGACCCCUGAUUAUGGCGAUAUCAGGGUUACAUUUGAGAUGCUUCCGAAUAAAGUAAUAGUGGAUGAGCCUUUUAAUUUCAAAUGCAAGAUUACAAAUGCUAGUGAGAGGACACUAGAUUUAAUCUUGAAAUUGCGUUCUUUGCAAGACAGCAGUUUACUCUGGUGUGGAAUUUCAAAUAGAAAAUUAGGCCCAUUGGAGCCUGGAAAUUCAAUUUAUAUUCAUCUAACAGCAUUACCCAUUAACACAGGUCUGCAUAAUAUAAAUGGAGUAUCACUAGUUGAUUUAUUCUUAAAGAGAACUUAUGAUUAUGAUGAUUUAGCAUCUGUAUAUGUGUAUUAAAAGAAAUUAUCUUGUAUUGUAAAUUAUAAUGUUAUAUUUAACCUCAUGACCUUGUUGACUGUUUUUUAAUUUCAGCAGGUGCCUAUAUUUAAUUAAUAAUAGACAUGUGGAUAUAAACAGUAUGACUGCUGUACUGACCUACUUGUUUGAUUUCUAGAGCACAUUAAACAAAAUUUUGUUUCUCUGUAUAACUUGAUGGCAACUAACUACAUAUUAUAUCCCUAAUUAGUAAUGGCAAUUAAUGCUAUUUCGGAUUAAUUUCACUAGCAUGCUAAAUAACCAUGCUAAUGCAAAUGCUAAUUGCUAAUGUCACAUGAAUUAAAAUAGUGUGAAUUUUAAUUUGGUAAUAAUAUUUCGCAAAUUUAAAUGCAGAAUAAGGAAUUAGCAAUUCGCACACAACCAACAAAACAACGGACUAAGUUCAAGGCGCAUUUUUUUUUAUUUAUUGCCAAUUUACCUCCUUUACAUUUUAUUAAAAUUAUAUGAUAUUCAUUUGUACAUAUAUCAUAGAAUAUAGAAUGAGUAUUAUACCUA